AUGUUUCUCAAGGUUUCACCCAUGAAGGGUGACAUGCAUUUUCGGAAGCGAGUGUUGUUAGAUGAAAACCUUUCUUAUAAAGAGGAACCUAUUGCUAUUGUUGAUAGAGAUGUUUGUAUGUUGAGUACUAAGGAGAUUAUGUUUUUGAAGGUGCAGUGGAAGAAUCAUCCUAUUGAGGAUGCCAUAUGGGAGACCGAAGCGGACAUGUGUAGCAUGUAUCCGUAUCUUUUUGCUGAUUUAGGAAUAGAUAGACUUGAGUGGGAGGGUGAUAAUAGACUUGCUCCGAUGAAACUUAUUUUCUUUCUACGUGCGAAGAGGUUAAUUGGGAGAGCGGAUCAUGACAUUGAUUUCUGUAUUGAUCUAGAGCCAGAUACUUGUCCUAUUUCAAUUCCUUCCUAUAGGAUGGCUCUGACUGAGUUGAAGGAGCCAAAGGCUCAGUUGCAGGAUUUUUUGAGUAACGGAUUUUUCUAUCUGAGUACCUCUCCAUGGGGUGCUCCUAUCUUGUUUAUGAAGAACAAGGAUAGUAGUCUUCAUAUGUGUAUAGACUACAAGCAAUUGAACAAAUUUACGAUCCAUAAUAAGUAUCCUUUACCUCGUAUCGAUGAUUUAUUUGACCAGUUGUAG